AUGGCAAAGUACCAAGACCAUCCUAACUGGUACCAUGCCACAAUGCAGGUCCAGCGUUUCUUGCAACAAUUCAGGGCUUGUGAGAACCCUGAGUCGAUAUUUAGAGAAACGUUCGAAGUGUUUUUCAUGAAGGGUAUUUUGGAAGCAUUGAAUGGGAUGCGCAUUGCAGCCACAACAGGCCAUAUGGAAGGGGCAUAUCUAGUUGGACUACUUGGCAUGUCAGGAAUUGGUCGGUCAAAAGAGGAUGCAUUAGAAUUCUUGUGUUCUUUGAAUCAACGUAACAACAUUGAUAUGAAAGGAACCAGGGAUGCUUUGAGACGAAGAUUAAGCCGAGUUUUCUCUGUUGGAAGGCAUAUCGUAGAUAUGUUUGACUAUGGGAAGAUUAAGUUCAAUCACUGCAGCGCUUGUAACAACAAUGAAUGGCAUUUUGUUAUUCAAGGCUGGCCUAUUGAAAAAAAGAUAAAUCUUGCCUUAUGGACUUGUUGCAAUCGAUGCAAAUGGCACCGUGAGAGUGUUUUUUGGUUCAAGGUGAUGCGUGUUUAUGUUGUGCCAGGGAAUCCAUACCCUUAUAAUUAG